GGGCUGGGAGAUGGAUUCCACUCGGGAAGGAGCUGUGUACUUCAUCAACCACAAUGAAAGACGGAACACGUUCCUACACCCAGUGACUGGCCAGGUCCCAGAGGAAAACAAAAAAUUUGACUUGAAAACAUCGGCCUUGGACAUGUCCAGUAAAACAGGUGGGAAACGCCCGGCUACCACCAACAGUGACGUAUCCAACCACAACAUGGUGUCUGAGGUCCCUCCAGAGCGGCCCAACAUCCGGGCGACUCGAACGUCCCGCAAAGCCGUUGCCUUUGGCAAGCGCUCACACUCCAUGAAGCGGAACCCCAAUGCACCUGUCACCAAGGCUGGCUGGCUCUUCAAACAGGCCAGCUCCGGGGUUAAGCAGUGGAACAAACGCUGGUUCGUCCUGUUGGAUCGCUGCCUCUUCUACUAUAAAGAUGAGAAGGAGGAGAGCGUCCUGGGCAGCAUCCCCCUCCUGAGCUUCCGGGUGGCAGCCGUGCAGCCCUCGGACAACAUCAGCCGCAAGCACACGUUUAAGGUGACUGUGUGCUGGGUGGAUGAGGCCGGGGCCAGUUCCACGCACUGCCUCUCCCCGCAGGCGGAGCACGCCGGUGUCCGCACCUACUUCUUCAGUGCCGAGAGCCCAGAGGAGCAGGAGGCCUGGAUCCAGGCCAUGGGGGAGGCUGCCCGAGUACAGAUCCCUCCAGCGCAGAAGUCGGCGCCCCAAGCCGUGCAUCACGGCCAUGAGAAGCCAGACUCAGAGAACAUCCCUCCCAGCAAACACCACCACCAGACACCCCACAACAGCCUCCCCAAGCCCGAGCCGGAGGCCAAGACUCGAGGGGAGGGAGACGGCCGGGGCUGCGAGAAGGCAGAGAGGAGGCCCGAGAGGCCGGAAGUCAAGAAGGAGCCUCUGGUGAAAGCCAACGGAGUCCUAGCUGGACCGGAACCAGCCUCGGAGCCGGGCAGCCCUUACCCAGAGGGCCCGAGGGUCCCAGGGGGUGGGGAGCAGCCUGCCCAGCCCAACGGCUGGCAGUACAGUUCCCCGAGCCGGCCGGGGAGCACGGCCUUCCCGCCUCAGGACGGAGAGAGUGGGGGACACCGCCGGAGCUUCCCACCACGCACCAACCCCGACAAAAUUGCCCAGCGCAAGAGCUCCAUGAACCAGCUGCAGCAGUGGGUGAACCUGCGCCGGGGGGUGCCCCCACCUGAAGACCUUCGGAGUCCCUCUAGGUUGCAGCCCGUGUCCCGCAGGGUCCCUGAGUAUUACGGCCCUUACUCCUCGCAAUACCCCGACGAUUACCAGUACUACCCCCCAGGGGUGCGGCCGGACAGCAUCUGCUCCAUGCCCGCCUAUGAUCGCAUCAGCCCACCCUGGGCCCUAGAGGACAAGCGCCACGCCUUCCGCAACGGGGGCGGCCCCGCCUACCAACUGCGCGAGUGGAAGGAGCCCGCCAGCUAUGGGCGGCAGGAUGGCACCGUCUGGAUCCCCAGCCCCUCCCGGCAGCCAGUCUACUAUGAUGAGCUGGAUGCUGCCUCCAGCUCCCUCCGCCGCCUGUCCCUGCAACCCCGGUCUCACUCUGUGCCCCGCUCACCCAGCCAAGGCUCCUACAGCCGCGCCCGCAUUUACUCCCCCGUCCGCUCGCCCAGUGCCCGUUUUGAGCGGCUGCCACCUCGCAGCGAGGACAUCUAUGCCGACCCUGCUGCCUAUGUGAUGCGGCGAUCCAUCAGCUCCCCCAAGUAUGAUUACCUGGGAGACAGGCGGCCAGUCCCUGCAGCACUGUUCCCCUACAACUACCCACCAUCCCCCACGGUCCACGAUAAGAUGAUGAGUGAGAGCGAGACUCUCAUCAGUAUGGUGAACCGCAUGGUGGAAAACUCCUCCCCCAGGGCCCAACUCUUCAUGCAAGUCCCUCCGUACCCAGAAGUGUUCCGGGACAGCCUCCACACCUACAAGCUGAACGAGCAGGACACAGACAAGCUGCUGGGCAAGUUGUGUGAGCAGAACAAGGUGGUGAGGGAGCAGGACCGGCUGGUGCAGCAGCUCCGAGCUGAGAAGGAAAGCCUGGAAAGUGCCUUGAUGGGGACGCACCAGGAGCUGGAGAUGUUCGGAAGCCAGCCCGCCUACCCCGAGAAGCUGCUGCACAAGAAGGAAUCGCUGCAGAAGCAGCUCGUCAACAUCCGCGUGGAGCUGUCCCAGGCCACCACGGCCCUGACGAACAGCACCAUAGAGUAUGAGAACCUCGAGUCUGAGGUCUCUGCCCUGCACGACGACCUCUGGGAGCAGCUCAAUCUGGACGUCCAGAACGAGGUGCUCAACCGGCAGAUCCAGAAGGAGAUCUGGAGGGUGCAGGACGUGAUGGAGGGGCUGCGGAAGAACAACCCCUCCCGGGGCACGGACACGGCCAAGCACAGAGGAGGACUCGGGCCCUCGGCCAGCUACAGCUCCAACAGCCCAGCCAGCCCUCUCAGCUCCGCCAGCCUCACCAGCCCCCUGAGCCCCUUUUCCCUGGUGUCGGGCUCUCAGGGGUCCCCCACCAAGCCUGGGUCCAACGAGGAACCUGGCCCGCCUCGGCCUCCCCUCCCCAAAGCCUACGUCCCCCUGGAGUCUCUUCCAACCGUCCCUCCACUCCCUAGCGAGAGCCGCUUCUGGCCAUACCCCAGCUCCCCUUCCUGGCAGCGCAGUGGCGAGACAGCCAGGGGUCAGCCCAAGGCAAGCUAUGAGCAAAGCAAGAAAGACUCCCACCAGACAUCGCCCCUGGACACCCCCAGGGACAUCAGCCUUGUGCCCACCAGGCAAGAGGUGGAGGCAGAGAAGCAGGCAGCUCUCAACAAAGUUGGCAUCGUGCCCCCUCGGACAAAGUCACCCACCGAUGAAGAAGUGGCCCCGUCAGCAGUGGUGAGGAGGAGUGCCAACAGGCUCAGCAAUGGGCUCUCCUCCCAGGAACGCCCCAAGAGCGCCGUGUUCCCUGGCGAGGGCAAGGUGAAGAUGAGCGUGGAGGAGCAGAUCGACCGGAUGCGGAGACACCAGAGCGGCUCCAUGAAGGAGAAGCGAAGGAGCCUGCAGCUCCCGGCCAGCCCGGCGCCGGAGCCCGGCCCUCGGCCCGCCUACAAAGUGGUACGCCGCCACCGCAGCAUCCACGAGGUGGACAUCUCCAACCUGGAGGCAGCGCUGCGGGCAGAGGAGCCGGGGGCGCAGGCCUACGAGACGCCCCGGGAGGAAAUUGCCCGGCUCCGCAAAAUGGAGCUGGAGCCCCAGCACUACGACGUGGACAUCAACAAGGAGCUCUCCACCCCGGACAAAGUCCUCAUCCCCGAGCGGUACAUCGACCUGGAGCCCGACACGCCCCUGAGCCCUGAGGAGCUGAAGGAGAAGCAGAAGAAGGUGGAGAGGAUCAAGACCCUCAUCGCCAAAUCCAGCAUGCAGAACGUGGUGCCCAUCGGCGAGGGGGACUCUGUGGACGUGCCCCAGGACUCUGAGAGCCAGCUGCAGGAGCAGGAGAAGCGGAUUGAAAUCUCCUGCGCCCUGGCGACCGAGGCCUCCCGCAGGGGCCGCAUGCUGUCUGUGCAAUGUGCCACCCCAAGCCCUCCCACCUCCCCUGCCUCCCCGACUCCACCAGCCAACCCCCUCUCGUCUGAAUCCCCACGGGGCGCCGACAGCAGCCAUACCAUGCGGGUCUGAGUUCUGACUGCAAGCCCUGGCUGAGGCCAGCGCUGUGAAGCUCCACAGGGCCACAUUCUGAAGCCGUCCUCCACCCACCUGGGGUCCUGGCUCCCCACCCCGGCCCCCUGCCCCUGCGCUCCCGUGGAAAUGUCGCAGGGAACCCGGCUGGGGGCCAGGGGCUGCUGCCAAGAGGAGCGUGGAUGCCUCGGUGUCCACACACCCCCUGCGCCCAGUCCCGAAGCCCUCGCUACUCAUGCCGUGGUCCUAGGCCAGGACCUGAGGUGGCAGGUGGGGAGUGCCAUCCCACUAAUGCCUAAGUCACCGCUUCAGCCGAGCUCUGGCUGGAUUUCUGGUGACCCUACUGGAACAUUCCUUGAUGGAGAAUGUGCCCUGGUGGGGAACACACCUUGGCUAUCUUAGUCCAGGACUAGGGGUGAAGAGGAGCUGGACAGUCUGCUUCUUGGAGCCCACUGGACACCAAGGACAGCACCUGCUGUCGGCCCCUCCCCAUCAGCCCCACCCCGCCACCCCCGCGUACCCAGGGCUUUGCCCAUCUCUGCUCUGGGUGCUCCUCUGGGGUCCAGUGGAGACUGACCACCCUGCUUGAGCCAAAGACAAGGUGAUGUGAGGAGAAGCUUCUCAGCUCCCAGAGGGGACAGUGCUGGCUGUGGCUAGAGAACAGCAGGUCUGCGCAGCGUCUGAGGGCAGGUUGGAAGCAGAGCAAAGAGGGGGAGAGAUCCCUGGAGAGUGGGCGGAGGGGAGGCAGCAGGACACGUUGGCAAGUGUAGAGCGAAGGAAGAAAAUGGAAAGGGUGUGGGAUUGGUGUCCCCAGAUGGAGCCUUAGGCUAGUGCCCAGUGCGGUGCCAGACUGUCACCUCUGCUCCCCCCACCUCACCCCCAGGAGGACCCACAGUGGAGCCCCUGGUGGCCUCGGUGGAGGUGCUUGGUGUGGGGACCCAGGUGUGGAGUGAAGGGGGUGGGGGGCGACAGCCUGGGAGAGGCUCUUUGUGGGUCUGUGCCUGCCGUCCGCGUCCCCAUCCUGGGGUGAGGGGCGAGAGGAGAACUUGGCUUAUGUAGGGUUGGUCAGCCUUGGGGCCUUACCUAACCAGUUUCAUGAGAUUUUUUUGCCCCAUUCCCUCUGGAAUGUGCAGUGGGCCGGCUGAGAGUGUGCCCGGGGAGGGGGAAUGAGCCCUUGAUCUAGGAGUUCAGAUUCCAGGGCCCUACCCCUCGUCCCAGGAUCCCAGGUGAGGACCAGUUGAAGCUUGGCGCCCUCGCAGUCAACCCACCCAGGGCGGCCGGUGGGGGAGAGACAGAAAAGCGAAGUACACUCCGCCUCUGCCCCACCCACCUUGACACGCAGCAGCCAGAGAGGGGGGAGGAGAGUGAAGCUGAGGACGCCUGGGCCCCCAGGCCUGCUCACUGCAGAGCUGCUGCCCAGAGACUUCAGCCUGACCUCGAGUGGUCCCCAAGAACAACUGCUUUAUCUUCUACCAAUUCCACUCCACUCCUUCGUGGCUGGGACAGUUACUGGUUCAUAUGCAAGUAAAGAUGAGAAUUCACUCAACAAAUAUUUAUCAGCACCUUUUAUGUGUCGGGCACUGUUGUAGGUGCUUAGGAUAUACUCGUGCUGCUGAGGGAUUACGCACCGGGAGGAUUCCACCAAUCUCCACUUCUAGCAGGUUUCCUGGACGUGACCUUUGGCUACAUCUGCCAUCUUCCCAGCGUCCGCACCCAUAUCCGUCCUUUCUCUUCCGCACACUGGCAGGUGGGACUGGCUCCCAGGUCGCCCUCUCUCCCUCCUUCCCCACACCUUUCUCCUCCACAAGAAACAGAGUUUUCGGGGCCUUCCGUGCCUGCCCCUUUCUCUGUCUCUCCUUUUUUUAAGUAAUAUUUUUAGAAAUACAUGUAAAAUACCAAGAAAUAGUGUCUGCGCCUCUGCCACCUCUCUGCCAUCUCUUAUUUCAUAAAGCUGGCUCUUUAUGUUGCUUUACAUGCCUUAAUAUAUGUUUUCUGGAGAUUAUACAUAUUAUAGAUAUAUAUGUAA